AUAAAAGUAUACAUUAAAAACACAAGCACGCGGGGGUUUUGUUGGUUUUAGGUGAGUAACUACUAUUUUGCUUCGAUGGGAGCCAUCUUUCAGAAAUAGCGGCUUCUUAAAGCCUCAAAACGCUUUCCUGCGCUUCGGUAGUCAGAGUGGCGCUCGGGACAGAAGGCGAAGGUUCGGUGGACGGAAUUGGCGGGAGAAUAAGAUUGGAGCCCGGGAGUUGAUGCUGCCCCGACUUCUUAAGGUUCAUGGACGCGGGAGUAAUGUGAGGAUUCUUGUUCUCCCAAAAGGAAAACCUAGGCAGUGGCACUGUGGGGACAGAAGAUAUCCUGGGAGGAAGCAUAUUUGGCUUGUACUUGAGGAAACUGGUGACCUCAGAUGGCUCCUGUGAAGAUCAGCCAUGUCGUCUCAUUUUCUUCUCAGGAUCCCAAGUAUCCUGUGGAGAACUUGCUGAACCCAGACAGUCACAAGGGACCUUGGCUCAGCUGUCCUCAGGACAAGAGUGGACAACUGAAGGCAGAGCUUCAGCUGGAGAGGGUGGUACCCAUAAGUUACAUCGAUGUCGGUAACUGUGGCUGUGCUUUCCUACAGAUUGACGUGGGCCGUUCUUCCUGGCCCCUGGACAGACCUUUCGUCACCCUUCUCCCUGCAACCAUGCUGAUGUCCCCCGCUGAGUCAAAGGAGGAGAAGAACCGCUCUGGAGUCCGGAUGUUCAGAGCAGAUGAUUUCCUGGCUCCAGCCUCAGGAGAAUCAUGGGAUCGGCUUCGACUGACCUGCUCCCAGCCUUUCACACGCCAUCAGUCCUUUGGCCUGGCCUUCCUCCGGGUGCGUUCCUCUGUGGACCUGUCUGCUGAACCUGUGAUUGAUCCCUUAGCCCCCGGGGGCUCUGGGCUGAACCGGAGCUCUUCUGAUGCGCUGGAGUCUGACCCGAGGCCCUGGCUGACUAAUCCUUCUAUCCGGAGGACAUUCUUCCCAGAGCCCCACCCGAGCGCUGAGGACACCCCAGAGCUCAAGGGUCUGCUGAGACAGUUGCAGCCAGGGCCUCCGGGCCGGGCAGCCCGCAUGCUGCUUUCUGCUGCCCAGAAGGCACCUGCAGCCAGUGUGGUAAGCCCAAAGCACAGCCGUGGGGAACCAGGUCCCAGCCAUCCAGAGAGUGCAGAACCCAGAGCAGAAGAGCAAAACAGGACGAACAGUGUGGGCAAAAGGAAGAGGCAGAAAUUGCAGGACCGAAGACCAUUGUCCAACUCAGGUUCUCAGCCAAAUCGGAAGAGGGCAGUAAGAGCAAGGCAAAGACAGCACCGACCUCAGACCGGAAACGACAGUGGUGUCCAGGCCACCAGACAGUGUCCCAUUUGUACAGGCUCCUUCAGCGUCGAGACUCUUCCCUUACAUGCCGCCACUUGUGGAGAGAGCUCCCCACCCCAGCCAGCCUCUCCCUCCUCGUCCUCCUCGCCGUCGGUGCUGUAUGUGUCCUCCCCAGAGAGCUCCCCACCGCCUUCCUGGGUCCAGUGCCCAAUCUGCGGUUUACAGUUCUUAGCAGGAGAAAUAGAAGAACAUGCCAGCCUAUGUGGGGAGAGGGGUAGAGGACAGAAGGUAGGUGAGGAAAGCCUCCAAACUAAGGGGUUUGGGAACUCAGAGCACUGUCCUCUCCCCUCCGCCACCCAGCCACAGCCCAGCUGGACUGAGAUUGUGAACAAAAAGCUCAGGUUCCCACCCACGCUCCUGGGUGCCAUCCAGGAGGGGCAGCUGGGUCUCGUGCAGCAGCUGCUGGAGGCCGGCGCCGACGCCUCGGGUGCUGGGCCAGGCGGGCCUCUGCGGAAUGUGGAAGAGUCCGAGGACCGCUCCUGGAGGGAAGCCCUCAACCUGGCCAUCCGCCUGGGCCAUGAGGCCAUCACCGAUGUGCUGCUCGCCAACAUCAAGUUUGACUUCCGGCAGGUCCACGAAGCCCUGCUAGUGGCAGUGGACACAAACCAGCCAGCGGUGGUGCGUCGCCUACUAGCUCGGCUGGACCGGGAGAAGGGCCGAAAGGUAGACACCAAGUCUUUCUCACUAGCUUUCUUUGACUCGUCGAUCGAUGGCUCCCGCUUUGCGCCUGGUGUGACCCCACUCACAUUGGCCUGCCAGAAGGACCUGUAUGAGAUUGCCCAGCUGCUCAUGGACCAGGGCCACACUAUCGCUCGGCCCCACCCGGUUUCCUGCGCCUGUCUUGAGUGCAGCAAUGCCCGCCGAUAUGACCUGUUAAAGUUCUCUUUGUCCCGAAUCAACACCUACCGUGGCAUUGCAAGCCGGGCUCACCUCUCACUGGCCAGUGAGGAUGCCAUGCUGGCUGCCUUUCAGCUCAGCGGGGAGCUCAAGCGCCUUGCACGGAAGGAGCCUGAGUUUAAGCCUCAGUACAUUGGCCUGGAGUCACUCUGCCAGGACUAUGGCUUUGAACUGCUGGGCAUGUGCCGGAAUCAGAGCGAGGUCACUGCGGUGCUCAAUGAUCUGGGUGAGGACAGUGAGACUGAGCCUGAGGCUGAGGGCCUGGGCCAGGCCUUUGAGGAGGGCAUCCCCAACCUGGCAAGAUUGCGGUUGGCUGUCAACUACAACCAGAAACAGUUUGUAGCACAUCCCAUCUGCCAGCAAGUUCUGUCUUCCAUCUGGUGUGGGAACCUGGCUGGCUGGCGUGGAAGCACCACCAUCUGGAAGCUCUUCGUUGCCUUUCUCAUCUUCCUCACCAUGCCCUUCCUCUGCAUUGGCUACUGGCUGGCGCCCAAGUCCCGGCUCGGCCGCCUGCUGAAGGUCCCAGUGCUGAAGUUCUUGCUGCACUCUGCCUCCUAUCUGUGGUUUCUCAUAUUCCUGCUGGGAGAGUCCCUGGUCAUGGAGACUCAGCUGAGCACCUUCAAAGGCCGCAGCCAGAGUGUCUGGGAGACUUCACUACACAUGAUUUGGGUCACGGGCUUCCUAUGGUUUGAGUGUAAGGAGGUGUGGAUCGAGGGCUUGCGCAGUUACCUCCUGGACUGGUGGAAUUUCCUGGAUGUGGUCAUCCUGUCGCUGUACUUGGCAUCCUUUGCACUGCGCCUCCUGCUGGCUGGGCUGGCCUACAUGCACUGCCAGGAAGCCUCUGACAGCGCCACCUGCCACUACUUCACUGCUGCUGAGCGGAGUGAGUGGCGCACAGAGGACCCCCAGUUCCUGGCCGAGGUGCUCUUCGCCAUCACCAGCAUGCUGAGCUUCACCCGGCUGGCAUAUAUCCUGCCAGCUCACGAGUCACUGGGCACUCUGCAGAUCUCCAUUGGCAGGAUGAUCGACGACAUGAUCCGGUUCAUGUUCAUUCUCAUGAUCAUCCUGACUGCCUUUCUCUGUGGCCUCAACAACAUUUAUGUGCCGUACCAGGAGACGGAGCAGCUGGGCAAUUUCAACGAAACGUUCCAGUUUCUAUUCUGGACCAUGUUCGGCAUGGAGGAACACAAUGUGGUGGACAUGCCUCAGUUCCUGGUGCCCGAGUUCGUGGGCCGGGCCCUGUACGGCAUCUUUACCAUCGUCAUGGUCAUCGUGCUGCUCAACAUGCUCAUUGCCAUGAUCACCAACUCCUUCCAGAAAAUCGAGGAUGACGCUGACGUGGAGUGGAAGUUCGCUCGCUCCAAGCUCUACCUGUCCUACUUCCGAGAGGGCUUGACGUUGCCUGUGCCCUUCAACAUCCUGCCCUCCCCGAAGGCUGCCUUCUACCUCGUCAGGAGAAUUUUCUGGUUCGUUUGCUGUUGCUCCUCCUGCUGCAAAGCCAAGAAAUCGGACUACCCUGCCAUCCCUACCUUUACCAACCCUGGGGCAAGGGAAGGGCCUGGAGAAGGGGAGCGCGAGCGCGGGUCAUACCGCCUUCGUGUCAUCAAGGCUCUGGUGCAGCGCUACAUCGAGACUGCCCGGCGGGAGUUCGAGGAGACCCGCAGAAAAGACCUGGGCACCAGACUGACAGAGCUCACCAAGACUGUGUCUCGACUGCAAAGCGAGGUGGUCAGUGUGCAGAAGACUCUGGCAGCAGGUGGGGCACCACGGCCUCCGGAUGGCGCCAGCAUCCUCAGUCGCUACAUCACCCGCGUGCGCAACAGCUUCCAGAAUCUGGGUCCCCCCACCCCUGAGACCCCAGCAGAGCUGACCAUGCCAGGGAUUGUGGAAACUGAGAUCUCUUUAGGAGCUGGCCUUGAUGCUAUAGGAGAGGCGGAGACUCCAGCAUCAGGAGAGUCCAGCCACGCCUCCCCUGCUCAUGUGUUGGUGCACAGGGAACAAGAAGCAGAGGGGGCAGGGGACCUGCCCCUGGAGGAAGGUCUGGAGACCAAGGGCGAGUCCUAAUACAACAGCAGGGUCUCUUCUGUCACCAAAUGUAGCAGCCUUGCUGAAUAGGCAUGGGUCUUGUAACCGAAGACCAUGGUAUUUCUUUGCCUUGGUAAACUUUCUGCUGUGCAAGUCAGGUAACAGUCACCAUCUCUUGAUGUUCUAAGAUCCUUCUUUUCCUUUCCCCUAAAAUGGACCCUAUGUGAGAAGGACAGAGAGAAACAGCUUGCUUUGGGAGCUGGGGUUUAGAAUCCUACUUUGGAAUUCCUUAGGUAUUUAGUGAAAAGAGUUCUGGCCUAGGAGGCUGGAGGCCUGGGAGAUGAGAGACCAGGAAAA